AUAAGUAUCAUGAUGACAUCCUGAAACAACUCAUCAAGGCUCUCUCUCACAGCAAUGGCGACCAUUCCCUCUCACAACCUUCUUCUCCCUAAGCCGAUCAACCAAUCAGCUCACUCUCUUCCCUUCAAACCACACUCUACUCUUCUCAAUCUCACGGCGAGAUCAUCUCCAGCGAUCGCCACAAAGGCUAUGUCCACAACCGACGCGGCUUCGACUUCCUCGAGGCUCGAGCCCCUGGAGAACUAUGGGAUCACGGCGGCUGAGGAUGUUCGCCGACGGGACAGAGAAGCUAAAGAAUCAAAGAGUCUGAGGGAAACGUGGAGGAAGAUCCAAGGGGAAGACGAUUGGGCCGGGCUAAUGGAUCCGAUGGAUCCGGUUCUAAGAUCAGAGCUGAUCCGCUACGGAGAAAUGGCCCAGGCCUGUUACGACGCUUUCGAUUUCGAUCCGUUUUCGAGAUACUGUGGAAGCUGCAGGUUUACGCGCCACAAGCUGUUCGACUCGCUCGGCAUAUUCGAUUCCGGCUACGAGGUGGCGCGUUACCUCUACGCGACGUCGAACAUCAACCUCCCCAACUUCUUCUCCAAAUCGAGAUGGUCCAAGGUGUGGAGCAAGAACGCCAACUGGAUGGGAUACGUCGCCGUCUCCGACGACAGCGAAACCACGCGCCGCCGUCUCGGACGCCGCGACAUCGCCGUCGCGUGGAGAGGAACCGUCACGCAGCUCGAGUGGAUAGCGGAUCUCAAGGACUUUCUCAAACCGGUAUCCGGAAACGGAUUCCGGUGCCGGGACCCGGCCGUUAAAGCCGAGUCCGGGUUCCUGGAUCUCUACACGGACAAAGACACGUCGUGCAACUUCUCGAAGUUCUCGGCGAGGGAGCAGCUUCUCACGGAGGUGAAGCGGCUGGUGGAGAGAUACGGCGACGAGGAAGGUGAUCUGAGCAUCACGGUGACGGGACACAGCCUCGGCGGCGCUCUGGCGGUGCUUAGCGCGUACGACGUUGCGGAGAUGGGACUUAACAGGACGAAGAGAGGGAAGGUCGUUCCGGUGACGGUGUUCACCUACAGUGCUCCGCGGGUCGGGAACAUACGGUUCAAGGAGAGGAUGGAGGAGCUGGGAGUGAAGGUGCUGAGGGUGGUGAACAAACACGACGUCGUACCGAAAUCGCCGGGACUGUUCUUGAACGAGCACGCGCCUCAUGCGCUUAAGCAGUUGGCGGGAGGGUUGCCGUGGUGUUACUGCCACGUGGGGGAGAAGCUGUCGUUGGAUCACCAGAACUCGCCGUUUUUGAAGCCGUCCGUUGAUCUCUCCACGGCUCAUAACUUGGAAGCGCUUCUCCAUCUACUUGACGGGUAUCAUGGGAAAGGACAGAGAUUCGUGUUAUCUAGUGGGAGAGAUCCAGCGUUAGUGAACAAAGCAUCUGAUUUUCUGAAAGACCAUUUUAUGGUACCUCCUUAUUGGCGACAAGAUGCAAACAAAGGGAUGGUUAGGCACACUGAUGGGCGUUGGAUUCAGCCAGAUCGCAUCCGUGCAGAGGACCACCAUGCUCCCGACAUUCAUCAUCUUCUCACCCAACUCCAUCACCCUUCAUAACUCUUUGUAAAUUACAUCAAAACUUUUUUCGUUUUUUAAAUCUUUCUAAUAUGUUUUUUAUAAAUUUCUGUAACACAAAUCUUUCUAAUAUGUAUCGCUGCUUUUUAUAUAUACUAGGUGCAUCAUAAUCUUAAAAAACAUUCAAUC